AUGGAGGCGUACAAGAACCUGGAAAGGAUCUUCACGAAGAUUUAUCGUUUUCGUCACUUGAGUUCCUUGGCGUUUUGGGACACACAAGUGCUGAUGCCGCCGCGCGGCGCUGCAGCUCGUGGGGCGGCCGUUGCGGAGCUCGAGCUUCACAUUCACGGACUCCUCACCGACCCCGCGACGGGCGCCCUGCUUCAGGAAGCAGAAAAAGCCCAGCAAGGGCUGGAAUCGCUGCAGCGGGCAAACCUUCGCGAGAUGCGUCUUCAGUGGGAGCGAGAAAACCUUCUUCCAGAGGCCCUUGUCAAGAAGAAGUCGGAGCUAACGACCAAAGCCCAGCAGAUUUGGCGGAAGAGCCGCGAGGCGAACGACUACAGUCAGUGGCUGCCUGUAUUCAAGGAGCUGGUGACGCUGUUUCAGGAGACCGGCGCUGCCCUGGCCGGGAGCUCUGGGAAGCAACCGUAUGAGGCGCUCUUCCACCUCUUCGAGCCUGGCAUGCCCCUCCAGCGACUGGAUGAUAUAUUUAACGACGUGAAGUCGUGGCUCCCCGCACUGAUUCGUGAGGUGCAGGAGAAGCAGAAGGCGGAGGUGCUGGAGCCUGUCGGUCCGUUCCCCCUCGAGGCUCAGCGCGAGCUCAGUCGCUACUGCAUGAAAGUGUGGAAGUUUGACCUUGACGCCGGUCGCCAGGACAUCAGCACCCACCCGUUCUGCGGGAACGUAAAGGAGGAUGUGCGGGUCACCACGCGGUACAACGAGUCGCAGUUUGAGGAGGGCCUCAUGGCGCUGGUACACGAGACUGGGCACGCAAAGUAUGAGCAAAACUGCGGCCCCAAGGAGAUGGCGACUCAGCCCAUUGCCACCGCUCGUUCUCUCGGCGUGCAUGAGGGACAAUCCCUCUUUUCAGAGCGUAUGAUCGGCCGCUCGCGUCCCUUCUUGGAGUUUAUUCUGCCGAAGCUGAAGGAGCUGUUUGGCGACCAGCCGGCCUUUGCGCUGGAGAACAUGAUGAGGCACAUGCGGCGUGUGAGGCCCGACUUAAUUCGUCUCCGUUCGGAUGAGAUGUGCUACACCAUGCACAUUAUCCUCCGCUACGAGAUUGAGCGCGGCCUGAUUGAGGGAAAGCUGCGCGCUGAGGAUGUCCCCGCCGCGUGGAACGAGAAGAUGAAGUCGUACUUGGGGGUUGAAACGCUCGGCAACGACCGGGAGGGGUGCCUGCAGGACAUUCACUGGUCGAUUGGGUGCAUGGGGUACUUCCCAACCUACGCGCUGGGGGCGAUGGUGGCGGCGCAGCUGAUGGCCUCCAUCCGGCGCGAGCUCGGGGAAGACGUGGUGGACGACUGCAUCCGCAAGGGCGAGCUCGGCCCCAUUCUCGAGAAGCAGCGGGAGAAAAUAUGGCAGCACGGCUCCACCUUCACAACCGAGGAGCUUCUCACCCAGGCGACGGGGGAACCGCUGAACCCGGCGUUCUUCCGCAAACACCUCGAGCGGCGCUUUCGAGACGACGUCGGGUAA